CCCUCUGCAUUCAGUCGAGCAGUAUGAGAAAAAAAAUCCACAUGAUGCUGGUCCUCUUGUCAUCAUAUUUAGGGUGCCUCAGUCUUUUCUCUUUGCCCUUGGAGCAGGCAAAUGCAGUGAAGCUGAAAGGAUCAAACCAACUUGUAGGAUCAAAAAGUAUACCAGUUGUACCAGGAGGGAAGCCUAGCGCUAAAGUAGUGGCUAAGCAUGCUGAUGCCGGUGUUGAGGAUGUUAUGAUCUUGUUGCGAAACGCAUUGGGUCGACAGUUGGAUUGCGCGCGAGGUUGGUUUCUGGUAAGCGCAGGGCAGCACAAAAGUAGCCUACGCACGACGAUCGCCGAGAGAUUCCAAACCGGUGCUACCGGCGGGGCUCUUCACUACAACAAACGUGUGACCUUAAAAUACUCGGAUCAGGGUCCCACUGGAUCGGCUCUGGAUCGUCUCACGCAGUACGUGCCAGCGGUGUCCUGGACUGAAUUGAUUCCAGAAAGAUACCACGAGAAUGUCGAGUACACCGCUGCUGUUGUACCAAUCGGAAGCAUUCCCGAGCAUUCUUCCUCAUCACCAAGCUUCGAUUGGAUUACACGACCAGAGACCCACUUCAUAGCCUCAGUCACGCCCACACUCGCAGAGUGCUCUGCGCUGGGCUACCUUCACGCGGAUCUUCUGGUGAAAGCUCUU